UCCAAAGCCUUCAGGAGUGGAGAGUACAGGUAAUGAACUCAACAGUAACUCUGCCUCACAGAGUGACCGACCAACAGUUCCUGAGGUGCAGGAAGGUGACAACAGAUAAUGGGGUGCAGUCUGUCGUGCUGCCAUUUAAAGCUGAAGUCAGCAAGCUUGAGGAUGUGACAGUGGAGUGGAAACACAAAGACAAGAAAGUCCACGAGUAUCAGAGAGGACAAAACCAGUCUCACAUACAAGGACGCUCAGAGAUGAAGAAAGAGCAAAUAAAUACUGGAGACCUCAGUCUGACCCUGAAAGACCUCCAACUUACUGACAGUGGAGUCUACACCUGCACCGUCUGCAACAAGGAUGGACACAUGCUGCUACAGAAAGUGGUGACUCUCAGUGUCAGAGUUCCUGAGGUGGAGAUGGAGGUUAAAGAGUCUGUCGUGCUGCCAUUUAAAGCUAAAAUCAGAAACCCUGAGGAUGUGACAGUGGAGUGGAAACACAACGACAAGAAGGUCCACGAGUAUCAGAGAAGAAAAAAACAGUCUCACAUACAAGGACGCUCAGAGAUGAAAGAGCAAAUAAAUACUGGAGACCUCAGUCUGACCCUGAAACACCUCCAACCUACUGACAGUGGAGUCUACACCUGCACCGUCUGCAACAAGGAUGGACUCAUGCUGCUACAGAAAUCAGUGUUUCUCAGUGUCAGAGUUCCUGAGGUGUACGCAGUGGGAACAGUUAAAGAGUCUGUCGUGCUGCCAUUUAAAGCUAAAGUCAGCAUCUCUGAGGAUGUGACAGUGGAGUGGAAACACAAAGGCAAGAAAGUCCACGAGUAUCAGAGAGGACAAAACCAGUCUCACAUACAAGGACGCUCACAGAUGAAGAAAGAGCAAAUAAAUACUGGAGACCUCAGUCUGACCCUGAAAGACCUCCAACUUACUGACAGUGGAGUCUUCACCUGCACCAUCUGCAACAAGGAUGGCUUCGUGCUGCCAGAGAAAGUAUUCAGUCUCAGGGUCAAAGAAAGUCUUCGAGAUCGCCUCAAUCCUUCUUCAUGGUUCAACAAGAAGGAUCCACAGGAUGGUCCAAAGACUUCAGGAGGAGACGUGUGAUGAAGUCAGCAGUAACUCUACAUUCAGAGAGAAAUCUGUGACCAACCAACACGUACAUUCCUCUGAAUAGAUGAAGUAACUGGGUCUGUAUUAUCUGCCAUUUAUUUCUCAUCAUCCUCUGAGAUUGUAAUUCCCUAAUAUGUGACUGUAUGUGUGACUGAGAUAUUUCAUAUUUCUGUAUCAGUGAUGUUUUUAAAGCAUGAAUUUGACGCUGAUUUAAAUGAAGGUUUCAAUCAGAGCCUCCAGAGAAUCCUCUGAUGAGCCAUCAGGCUGGAAGACUUCAUUUCAGCUUUCUAACAAUAAAGCAGUGUCAUCAGCUAACUGUCAUAUUUUUGUGUGUUUUAUACUGUUGUUGAUGUUUGGAUGACUCAAUGAAGAUUCACUAAUAAUGAUCAUAAUCAUACAGUGGAUUAUUUAAUAAUGAAGACACUACUGAUUAUUGAUCUGACCUAUUGAUUUGUUUUUGAUUCUACUGUUUGUUACUGAUCUACUUCAUUUUCUUUAACAGUGAAACUGUAAACUAAA